CCGUGUUGCAACAAUAUGAGCCGAGCCUAUGAUCCCUCCCCGUGGUGGCGCAGCCCACAAACUCCAAACAUCAGACUCCGACGAAUGUAAUCAUGGCGCGAGAGAACCAAAUACGCAGUCACAGAAAUCUGCUGCGAAGGUAGAAACUGUUACAGCAAAGGAAUUAAUGGAUUUCUCACAGCAAGACGUGGAUGUGUUCGGAGAGGAUUACAACCACCGUGAGCAGGAUGCGGACGCAUCCUCCUCUACGUCUUCAUCGGCAUCUUCAUCGGCGUCUUCCGGCUCUUCGUCAUCGUCGUCGGGUUCUUCUUCAUCCAAUGGCGGUGACAGGGCCGAGACCAGCAGCGGAGGGGAGGAGGAAAAUGGAGAAGAAGCAGGGAAUGUUAGGAGUGAUAAUUAUAGAUAUAAUCAUAAUGAUCUCUUUGGUGAAGAAGAAGACGAAGAGAAAGAUCUCUUUGGUUCUGAUCACGAAGAUUACUGUAAAAAUCGGUCCAUUAGCUCUCUCCAUCUUCCUGUGUUGCCUGCCAUAUGUAAUGCUAACAACCUGAGGGGAGGGGGUUUUGGACGUGGCCACUGGAAUGAUAGAGGAGCAGGUAUCCUACCCUGUCCCAAUUAUGCCCAAGGCAUGGAUAUGGGUACGGCUCAAAAUCUUCAAAUGGUCGCCAUGAUGAAUGAUUUCCCUGCAAACUUGCUUGCUAUUGUUGAAGGUGGAGAAGUCUACUUUGAUGAUCGCAGCUUGAUGGUUACUUCUCUUGAAUUUUCAUACAUUGAAACCACAGUUUUUGUGCCACAUUAUUGGAAGUUUUUUAAGUGGCUUGCUACUGAAGAUGUUGGAGCUGAUCUAAAUGAAGGCUUUGAUACCUUUAUUGAUGAAAAAGGGAACUUUGUGUUUUAUUCUAAACCAGAAUUGCGUUCUGAGGCUUUUGGUGACCUUUUUGCUUGCAUAAGAGACAAAAACAUCCCACUUCAUAACAUGCAUUCUGUGCGGAAUGGUGUUGUCUUUCUUGAUGUUCAUAAACUUCCUGAAAGGCCAAAAAGCGAGUUGGACCUUCAAAGAUGCUACUGGGGAUAUUGUAUUAAGAUUCUUGCUACUGAAGAUCCAAACAGAGGUUGUGGUGAAUGGAAAAAUCAUGUAGAUGCCAAUGUCGAAUACUGUUCUGCGAUUAAAACCAAAUUAGGGCCUCAUUGCAUUUUGAUGGGCACUGAAAUGGACUGCUGUGAUGCAAUGGAUGAUGGGAGAAAAUUCUAUAUGGAACUGAAAACCAGCCGUGUGUUGGAUUACCAAACUGGAGGAAGAUAUGAGAGAGAAAAACUGCUCAAGUUUUGCAUUCAAUCUUUCCUAGAAGGUGUUCCUUACAUUGUUUUUGGAUUUAGAGAUGGUGCAGGCCACCUUGUCCGGACAGAGCAACUAAGAACCAAAGACAUAACCCAUAGAGUGAAAGUGAAGAACUACUGGCAGGGAGCAGUUUGGCUGGCAUUUGCCGAUGAGGUUUUGCGCUGGCUUUAUGGAACAGUCAAAGAGAAUGAAGGUUACAUAUUGCAGUUUGCGCCGUCGUUCAUCCGCUUAGAGCUUCUACAAGCACAAUCUUGCCCUGAUGCAAUCACCAACCACGUCGAACAAAAUUGUAGCCAUUCAACACUUCUUAAUACUUAAUUGUUAUAGUGGAAAUGCAGAAUCAAAUUAAUUUAACUCAUAAAUUCGAUUCUUUUGCUACAAACAUUGUUGCAAUUUUGUGAAAGUGAGAGAUUUUGUCAAAAUUCUGGUGCAAACAACUUUCUGAAGUGAUAACUGGAAAAAUAUUAUAAAACUAAUCAAAUUUA